UGUCUGUGUUAUCCUACACAGACACAACUUUGAAACUGGUUAACGCGCUUUGCAAUUAUUCGGAUGUCCAAUUGUUUUACGUCCUACGCCGCCGCCGUUUUAACCCCGGAUUUUGAGCAUGUUUGCUCCGAUCCGUUUGGGGGGUAAACAUUUAAAUGUCGGUGCUUGUUGCGGUCUUCUCACGUUCGGGAUACUUUUGUUCGCAUGGAUCGUGGGAUUUAGUAUCAGGUUAUUCUCGGUUAUUAGAUUUGAGAGCGUUAUACAUGAAUUCGAUCCUUGGUUUAACUAUCGGGCAACGAAGCAAAUGGUUGAGAGCAGUUUCAGCUCCUUUUACAAUUGGUUUGAUAAGACUGCAUGGUACCCCCUGGGUCGGAUCGUUGGUGGGACUGUAUACCCAGGACUUAUGAUCACCUCUGGCUUUAUUCAUUUCCUGUUUCAUCUAUUUCAUAUCCCUGUCCACAUCCGGGAAGUCUGCGUGUUUCUGGCCCCUUUCUUUAGUGGGAUGACCUCUGUGGCCACUUAUUUAUUUACGAAGGAGGUUUGGAACAAGGGUGCUGGCCUCUUCGCUGCUUGCUUCAUUGCCAUCGCCCCCGGAUAUAUCAGCCGUUCUAGCGCUGGGAGCUACGAUAACGAAGGAAUCGCUAUCUUUGCUCUAAUGUUCACGUAUUACUUGUGGAUUAAGUCGAUCAAGUCAGGAUCAGUUUUGUGGUCUGCUGGAUGCGCGCUGGCUUAUUUCUACAUGGUGUCAGCCUGGGGCGGUUAUGUGUUUAUUAUCAACCUUGUCCCGUUGCACGUGUUUGUCCUUCUUUUGAUGAAUCGGUACUCCGUGAAAAUUUACGUGGCAUACACAACAUUCUUCAUAUUGGGUCUGCUGAUGUCAAUGCAAGUUCCUUUCGUUGGUUUCCAGCCUCUGAGAACCAGCGAACAUAUGGCCUCCGUUGGGGUGUUUGCCCUGUUGCAGGUAGUGGCUUUCAUCAGUUAUCUUCAAGAGCGUGUAUCCACCUACGGACUGAAGCCACUGUUUACCUUGGCCGCAGUCUGUUUUGCUGGGAUAGUCUUCCUCACUGUGAUUGGAUUAACUUACGCCGGAGUAAUUGCUCCGUGGAGUGGCCGCUUCUAUUCUUUAUGGGACACAACCUACGCAAAAAUACACAUUCCAAUCAUCAGUUCCGUCUCAGAACAUCAGCCCACUUCUUGGUGUUCACUGUUCUUUGACAUGCACAUUCUCCUGGUGGCAUUCCCUGCAGGCGUCUGGCUCUGUUUCCAAAAUCUCACGAACGAACGAGUGUUUGUGGUGCUCUAUGGCAUUUUUGCAUCCUACUUCGCCGGUGUCAUGGUUCGCCUUAUUCUGACACUGACUCCUAUAGUGUGUGUUUUCGCGGCCAUCUCAUUCUCCCGUAUGUUUGAAGUAUUCUUGGAUGACAAGGAAAGUGAAGGAUCAACGAAUGCUUCACCAAGGGACUCGAACGCCCUCAAGAAUGACCGACGAUUGUAUGACAAACCCAGCAAAACUACCAAACAAGUUGCCACAACUGAUGGUGUCGGUGAUGGGUCCAUUGUGAGCCAACCUGGCACGCAGUCGCAGUCGAACAAUGAAUCCACCUUCCGAUCAGUUGGAUGUAUUACAGUUAUCUUCAUAUUGUAUCUGUUUGUCUCGCACUGCGUAUGGGUAUCGUCCUACGCGUAUUCCAGUCCGUCCAUUGUGUUGGCUACUUACGGGCGGGAUGGAGCUCGCUACAUACUGGAUGAUUUCCGGGAAGCCUACUUUUGGCUGUGGCAAAACACUCAACCAGACUCACGGAUUAUGUCUUGGUGGGACUACGGAUAUCAAAUUGCCGGAAUGGCUAAUCGGACAACCUUAGUGGACAAUAACACAUGGAACAACAGCCACAUCGCGUUGGUCGGUAAAGCGAUGGCAUCCAACGAAUCUGAGGCCUACAAGACCCUGCAGGCUUUGGAUGUGGAUUACGUGCUGGUCAUUUUCGGAGGCUACAUCGGAUACAGUGGCGAUGACAUUAACAAAUUUUUGUGGAUGGUUCGUAUAGGCGGUGGAGAACAUCCGGACGAAAUUCAGGAGCGCGAUUAUCUUACCGAUAGAGGUGAAUAUCGCAUUGACAGUUCCGCUCCACCUAAAAUGCUCAACAGCCUCAUGUACAAACUCAGUUACUAUCGAUUUGGAGAGGUUCGAAUGGACAUGAGGAAUCCGGCUGGGUUCGACCGAACCCGAUCAGUGGAAAUUGGCAAAAAGCACUUUAAAUUGGAGUACCUGGAGGAAGCAUUUACGUCGGAACACUGGCUUGUCCGUAUUUAUCGAGUGCUUCCGCCGCAAAACACACCAGUGAUCAAACGCACCAGACGCCGCAUCCCAUCUCGGCAGUCUGGCAAGACUAGCCACAACCUCGUCGGACGACUUAAUUUCAACACUCGAAUCACUCGAGGCAAGCGCGCACGCUGAACGCACCAGAAGAGAAUGCACGUGAUGCUGUUCUCUUUGUUCUUUGUUGCGACUCCGAGCGAAUGUUGUUCACUUUUCUCACUGAACCUACAGGCUCUCUCUUUGCAGUGUAUAUUGUAUACAAAUAUUUUGUGACUGGUUUUAGGUACUCAAGUUUAUGUGGGUACUUCGGUUGAUCCACUGUGUGUGUGUGUGCUCCGAUGACUGUCGCCGCAGGACAGAAAGUAGGAUGCAUUCCACGUAGAAUUUCAUGUGAUACUGCC